AAAUGUAUGUACGACAAGCAGCUUCUAAUUUUGUAAGAAGAAUCCAUAGAGUACCUUCUCGAAUCUGCUGUUCUUCUGGUGACACAUCCAUAAACGCAUCGCCAUUGCCGCUUUUCAGCAAAAUGAAAUUCUCCGAUCAAUUUGGUUUUGGAAAUUAUACGUGGAGAAAAAAUCAAGAAGAUUCUUUCCUAUGGAUUCUUUUGUUUGGUCAAGCUGCCACGUUGUUGGGAAUAAAUUCCACAAUUGUCUUAGCAGAAGAUGGCUCAAUUCAAUCAAGCUCUCAAAGUGACCUAGAAGGGUCCAAUGUAGUUGGAUUACGCAAAAUUGAGGAUGGUUCUGUGAUAUCUAAUAUACACACAUCAAAAUGGCGAGUUUUUACAGAUAAUGGGAGGGAUUUUUUCAUGCAGGGAAAAAUGGAGGAAGCUGAGAAGUUUUUCCUUUCUGCAUUGCAAGAAGCUAAAGAAGGAUUUGGAGAGAGGGACCCACAUGUUGCUUCUGCAUGCAACAAUCUGGCAGAGCUGUAUAGAGUUAAGAAGGCAUUUGAUAGGGCAGAACCUUUAUAUUUGGAGGCCAUUAACAUACUGGAUCCAUUUGGUCCUGAAGAUAUACGUGUUGGAGUUGCCUAUCACAAUCUUGGGCAGUUUUAUCUUGUCCAACGGAAACUAGAAGAUGCUCGUAGGUGCUAUGAGCAUGCUUUAAAGAUAAAGGGACGUGUUCUGGGACAUGGUAAUGUAGACUAUGCUGAUACAAUGUAUCACCUUGGGACGGUUUUGUAUCUCCAAGGAAAAGAAAAGGAUUCUGAGGCCCUUUUUCAGGAUUCUAUCGGGAUAUUAGAGGAAGCUGGUCAAGGUGAGUCAAUGACAUGCAUAAGGAGGUUGCGAUAUCUCGCUCAGAUAUAUUUAAAAGCAAAUCGACUUGAAGAGGCUGAGAAUAUACAAAGGAAAAUCCUACAUAUUAUGGAAUUAUCAAAGGGAUGGAAUUCUAUGGAGACAGUAAUUUCAGCCGAAAGGCUGGCGCUGACCCUACAAUCAACUGGGAGCUUAAGAGAAGCACAAGAACUUUUUGAAAGGUGUCUGGAUGCACGGAAAAGCUUACUUCCUCCCAACCAUAUUCAGAUUAGCGCCAACAUGCUUCACAUUGCCAGGGUAGCAAUGCUAAAUUCCAACCAAUUAAGGAAGAGGCACGUUUCUGAAGCAAUUGGUGAGCUUGACCGAGCGAAAGAACUAUUAGACAAUUCGAUAAGGAUAGCACGCCAUGUUUUAAGUAAAUCAAUGAAACAGAAAGGUGAAAAGCACAAUUAUGGAGCAGACAGAGAAACUAUAAGAGAUAGGCGUGCCACAUUGGUCAUACUGUUACAAUCACUUCAAGCUCUUGGGCUUCUGGAGAUCACAAAGCAAGAGAUACAGGAGACAGAGCUAAAGGAAAAUUUGCCUUUUCAUGAGGCUGAAAGUGUACUAUUUGAAUGCAUUGCCGCUUACAAAGAGUUGGCAACAGAGGAGUCAAUUAGUGAUUCUCCAGAAGUGAAGGCAGAGUAUCUUUCAUGUCUGAAACAUCUUUCCAAUUUAAUGGGUGAUUCCAAUAUUCGGGGGACACACAAAUCUAGGGAAGCUACUUUGCAAGAACUGAAAGAUGAAAUUAAUCGUUUAGAACUUGAAACUUCUCCCAAUAGAAGAUAUAAACACUAAACCUGUGGCCAAUUUCGGUAUCACCAGAGGUUACAGCUGGAGAACAAUCUUCUAUUUGUUUGCUUGAAGUAACUGGUUCAGUUCCUCUGUGACCUGCAUACAAAAAUAAGGGCGAGGAGGUUCAAUUCAAUUUGUAAGCUAUAUCAUACAUAAAAUAAGAAUG